AUGUGUAAUCCCAAACCAUCUUCACCAUCCCCAUUUUUGUGUCCCACAAAAACCAACCUCAUAACUCCCCAUCACAAAGUUGUGUAUCCUACUCAUGAUGAUCAAGUUCAAGAUGAAUUGCACAGAUGGCCAACUCUUAAUGAGGCCUUUGCAGAAAUCAAAGCAAUAGGGAAGAUAUCAUGCCCAACAGCCAUAACUGGUUUACUCUUAUAUUCAAGAGCUAUGAUCUCUAUGAUUUUCCUUGGUUACCUUGGUGAGAUGGAACUAGCAGGAGGGUCUCUCUCCAUUGGUUUUGCCAACAUCACUGGCUACUCUGUGAUCUCUGGUUUAGCCAUGGGAAUGGAACCUAUUUGUGGACAAGCUUAUGGAGCAAAGCAAUGGAAGAUACUUGGCUUGACACUUCAAAGAACGGUUCUUCUCCUUCUAUCAACAUCUAUUCCUAUCUCAUUCAUGUGGCUCAACAUGAAGAGAAUUCUCUUGUGGUCAGGUCAAGACCAUGAAAUAGCAUCAAUGGCACAAACUUUCAUUACUUUCUCUAUUCCUGACCUUUUCUUACUCUCACUUCUUCACCCUUUAAGAAUCUACCUCAGGACGCAAAGCAUCACAUUGCCAUUAACAUAUUGCUCCGCUAUCUCAAUUUUGCUUCACGUGCCUUUGAAUUUUCUCCUAGUGGUUCAUCUAAAGAUGGGUAUUGCAGGAGUUGCCACAGCAAUGGUGUUGACAAAUCUCAACCUUAUUCUAUUCCUCUCCUCAUUUGUUUACUUUUCUGGUGCAUACAAGGACUCAUGGGUUCCUCCAAGUGUGGAUUGCAUUAAAGGGUGGUCUUCAUUGCUAUCACUUGCAAUUCCAACUUGUGUUUCAGUGUGCCUUGAGUGGUGGUGGUAUGAGUUCAUGAUAAUGUUGUGUGGCAUUUUGGUUAAUCCAAAAGCAACCAUUGCUUCAAUGGGAAUCCUUAUCCAAACAACAUCUUUGGUCUAUGUGUUCCCAUCAUCACUAAGCCUUGGUGUUUCCACAAGAGUUGGGAAUGAGUUAGGUGCAAACAACCCUGGAAGAGCAAGAAUUUCUAUGAUAGUGUCACUUUUUUGUGCUGUGGGUUUAGGCCUUGGAGCCAUGUUGUUCACCACUUUGAUGAGGCACCAAUGGGGCAGGUUCUUCACCAAUGACCAUGAGAUUUUGGAACUCACAUCAAUAGUGUUACCAAUUGCUGGGCUUUGUGAGCUUGGGAACUGUCCACAAACCACAGGUUGUGGGGUUCUAAGGGGCAGUGCAAGACCCACCAUUGGUGCCAACAUCAAUUUGGGCUCAUUUUACUUGGUGGGUAUGCCAGUGGCUAUCCUUCUGGGCUUUGUGGCCAAAAUGGGCUUUGCUGGGCUGUGGCUUGGGUUGCUUGCAGCCCAAGCCUCCUGUGCUGGGCUCAUGCUCUUUGUUCUUUGCAAAACAGAUUGGAAUGUGCAAGUGGCAAGAGCUAAAGAACUCACACACACUUCAACAAUAGCUGCCACUUCUUGCUCUGUUCCUAUUGAUUCUAACUCUAAAUUACCUGCAUUCACCAAAGUAGAGGCUAACAUGAACAAGAAUGCUCAUGCUUGUCUUGAAGAGAUAGUUAUUAAUGGUGGUGAUGAGCUCACCAAGACAUCUUCACUUGAAACAGAUCCACUCAUCAUACACAGUACCAAUCACACUCAGGAAUAG